GGCGGGGCUUAGCUGCGCCGCGGUGCGCAGGCGCAGCCGUCGGUGGGUCGGGUCUUCGGUCGACUGAGAGAUCCUGAGCAAGCAGUGUCACCUCACCAGCCUCGAGAUGGACAGCAGGAAGCGCCUGGCCUUUGCCAUUAUCCAGUUCCUGCAUGGUCAGCUGCGGCAUGGCGGGCUAUCGUCUGAUGCCCAGGAGAGCCUAGAGGUUGCCAUCCAGUGUUUGGAGACAGCCUUCGGGGUGACGCUGGAGGACAGUGACCUUGCUCUGCCCCAGACCCUGCCAGAGAUAUUUGAAGCAGCCACUGCCAGCAAGCAGGAGAUGCCACAGGACCCGAGGGGCCCUGACAGGACACCACCCUCUGAGGAGGACUCAGCUGAGGCAGAGCGCCUCAAAACAGAAGGUAAUGAGCAGAUGAAGCUGGAGAACUUUGAGGCAGCUGUGCACCUCUAUGGCAAGGCCAUUGAGCUCAAUCCCGCCAACGCUGUCUACUUCUGUAACAGAGCCGCGGCCUACAGCAAGCUGGGGAACUACGUGGGGGCUGUGCAGGACUGCGAGCGCGCCAUUGGCAUCGACCCGGGGUACAGCAAGGCCUAUGGCCGCAUGGGCCUUGCGCUGUCCAGCUUGAACAAGCAUGCAGAGGCUGUGGCCUACUACAAGAAGGCCCUGGAACUGGACCCUGACAACGACACGUACAAGUCCAACCUCAAAAUUGCAGAGCUGAAGUUACGGGAGGCACCGAGCCCUACGGGCGGCGUGGGCAGCUUAGACAUCGCCGGCCUGCUGAACAACCCGCACUUCAUCACCAUGGCGUCAAGCUUGAUGAAUAGUCCCCAGCUGCAGCAGCUCAUGUCAGGCAUGAUCUCUGGGGGCCAUAACCCUCUGGGCACGCCAGGCAGCAGUCCACAGCAGAGUGACCUGGCCAGCCUCAUCCAGGCGGGCCAGCAGUUUGCACAGCAGAUGCAGCAGCAGAACCCAGAGUUUGUAGAGCAAAUCCGGAGCCAGGUGGUGCGCAGCCGGACACCCAGCGCUAGCCACGAGGAGCAGCAGGAGUGAUGACGCUGACCCACGUGGUCCUUUCGCUUCACAGCCUCCUGGUGUUUUAGCAUCUUCUCCGUUGUCGGGGCAGCUCGAGAGAAACUGGACCUGCAUGUUAAGACGGACUUACCCCCACCUUGUGUCUCUUCAUCCCUCCCCUGUUGUUUGUACACAUACUGGCCCCACACCUUCCCAGAAGAGUCUAAGAUGACGACAUACCAGCACCAGUUCCUCCAGCCACCUAGGAAAGCUGCAGGGGAGGGGCUGGGAUGGGUGUCGGAGUCAUUGAGUGACAGCCCAGGCCCCCAGGUCUCAGGCCCCACCCUGCUGGCUUCCUCCUAAAGGGAUUGAGUAGCUACUCUUCUCCCCAGGAAGCGUCCACUGCCAGCCCCAGCUGGGCACCAGCGUCCCACGCCCAUGCUUGAACUGCAGGUCCCAGCAGGUGCCCCUGCCUUAUCCCAGUGGCCUGUGCCACAUAGGACUGAGGCCUGACUUCUGCCCAGUGUGUGGACCACCCACGUCUCAGCUUCCCAGCUUCCCUCUGUCUUCACAGCCAUCAGCCAGUCCUAAUUUUGUGUCCAGUCCAGCUCCAUCCUCGGCCUGGGCAGCAGACAUAGACGUUGACCUAUCUUUGCCUAUCUCGUCCUUGAUCUCAUGGGAAUUCGGUGUCUGGUGUUGGCAGGGAGUUUGGGGGUAUUGGCCCCUGGGCUCUGCCGUCAGCCCUGAAACAGCCACCAGAACCAUCUUUGUUGAGGGUCAGUCUGUCCAGUGAUGUGGGUGCUCCCACACCCAUUCUUGGCCCUGGGAGCAGGUGGUGAGUUCACAGGACAGCUGAACCCUCAGGGGGUCAUGAAGGCAUCAGGCUGUGGCAGGUAGUGUCAGAGCUGUGUGUGUCAUAGGUAGCCAGUAGGAAGAUGGCCCCCGAGGGCAGCAGUGCCCCCUUGGGAAUAAAGACAGUGAUGCUUGGC